UUGGUGCAGCCGUCCUGGCCCGCCUGGCGCGCGCGGCUCCGGCCUCCUCGGAUGGGUGAGGGGCAGUGGCUCCCGGAGGACCCGCGAGCGUUCGGGAACAUGGCGGCGGACCUCGCUCAGAUUUCUGAUGUGGACAUCGACUCGGAUGGCGUCUUUAAGUAUGUGCUGAUUCGAGUCCACGUAGCAUCGCCCUCCGAGGACCCGGCCGGGGAGUGCAAGGAAAUCGUGCGGGGAUACAAAUGGGCCGAGUACCACGCGGACAUCUAUGACAAAGUGUCCGGAGAGCUGCAAAGGAAAGGCUAUGACUGUGAGUGCCUGGGCGGCGGGCGCAUCUCCCACCAGAGCCAGGACAGGAAGAUUCACGUUUAUGGCUACUCUAUGGGUUAUGGUCGUGCCCAGCACUCUGUCUCAACUGAGAAGAUCAAAGCCAAGUAUCCUGAUUACGAGGUUACCUGGGCUGACGAUGGCUACUGAGGCCUACUUCCCAGCACCCAAGUCUGGACUGUGCUCUUCCUGGGUUCCCUCCUGAUGGGCUGGCCCUGGCCCUUCCUUUUGUACCUCAGGCAGCAUGCCACCUGUCAUGCCUUAUAAGCCAGACCAGUGUGGCCCAGAAGAAUUAAAAGCAUUGAUAUGCCUGCCA